UGAUGAGUCUUGCACUGAGCGUUUUAUUGAAUGAGCGUGUUUUCGUAGUGCUCUUCCGAUUUCGCAGUUGGUGUUUUUAAAAGUUAAAUUAAAUUAAAUAAAAGUUAAAUAUCGUUUAUUCCACGUUUGUUGUUGUUAAAAAUUAUUUUCCAACAUGUCGGAUAACCCAAGCUCUCCGCCUCCCAAUACACCGAGCGACAUUGAUCGGCGUAACUUUAGGUCCGGAAUGACCUCGCCAGUCGGGGAUUUCGAGCCGUUCGAGAAUGAAGAAGAAAUUCUCGGCGACACAACGGUCCGCGAGGACAAUUACGAUGAGGACGAAGAAGGAGAGGAGCUGUUUGGGGACAACAUGGAAAAUGAUUACCGACCAGUUCCCCAUUUGGAUCGAUAUGAUUUGGAUGAACUGGACCAGGAAGAUUACAGCGAUAUCUCGCAAGGGGAUCGGGCGGCUGCUGAGGCUGAGAUGCGACGUCGUGAUCGCGCAGCCGGAAUUCACCGAGAUGAUCGGGAACUUUUCUACGAAAAGGAUGACGAUGACGAUGAUGUGCCCCGAGCCAAGCGCCGAGCGGCUGAGAAGGCUGCCGAAGGAGUGGUGGAAGACACUGAGAUGAUCGAGUCGAUCGAAAACUUGGAAGACACCAAGGGGCAUAGUAUCAAGGAAUGGGUUUCGAUGUUGGGUCCACGAACCGAAAUCGCUAACCGAUUUAACAGCUUUUUGCGUACCUUUGUUGACAGCAAGGGCCAGUAUGUCUACCGCGAUAGAAUCCGACGGAUGUGCGAACAGAACAAAUCAAGUUUUGUUGUUGCUUAUCCGGAUUUGGCGAACAACCAACAUGUUUUGGCCUAUUUCCUUCCAGAAACACCUUUUCAAAUGUUGGAAAUUAUGGAUAAAGUUGCCAAGGAAAUGGUCUUGAGCAUCUAUCCCACAUACGAACGUGUGACCAAUGAAGUCCAUGUCAGAAUUUCGGAUUUGCCGUUGGUUGAAGAGCUUCGAACUUUCCGAAAACUUCACUUGAAUCAGCUAGUACGAACACUUGGUGUAGUUACAGCUACAACUGGAGUCUUGCCACAGCUAUCGGUUAUCAAAUACGAUUGCGUCAAGUGUGGUUACAUUCUGGGACCAUUCGUUCAAAGUCAGAAUACAGAAGUUAAACCGGGCUCCUGUCCCGAGUGUCAAAGCGCUGGACCGUUCUCAAUCAACAUGGAACAAACUUUGUACAGAAACUAUCAGAAGGUUACUCUGCAAGAGUCUCCUGGGCGUAUUCCCGCUGGCCGUAUUCCCAGAAGUAAAGAUUGUAUUCUUCUUUCCGAUCUUUGUGAUCAAUGCAAACCAGGGGAUGAAAUUGAAGUUACUGGAAUAUACACAAACAACUAUGACAGCUCGUUGAAUACUGAACAAGGAUUCCCAGUAUUUGCCACUGUUCUAAUCGCUAAUCACAUCGUGGUGAAAGACAGCAAGCAAGUUGUUGCUUCUCUGACGGACGAAGACAUUGCAACAAUUCAGAAAUUAAGUAAAGAUCCUCGGGUUAGCGACCGUAUCAUUCAAAGUAUGGCUCCUUCAAUCUACGGACAUGAAUACAUCAAACGUAGCUUGGCUCUUACACUUUUCGGAGGAGAAGCAAAGAAUCACGGAGAGAAGCAUAAACUUCGUGGAGACAUCAACAUAUUGCUUUGCGGCGACCCAGGAACUGCUAAAUCUCAGUUUUUGAAAUAUUCAGAAAAAAUAGCUCCUCGAGCCGUAUUCACAACCGGUCAAGGUGCGUCUGCUGUGGGUUUAACGGCAUAUGUUCGCCGUAAUCCUGCGACUCGCGAGUGGACUCUAGAGGCAGGAGCCUUAGUCCUGGCUGAUCAAGGAGUUUGCCUCAUAGACGAGUUCGACAAAAUGAAUGAUCAGGAUCGUACUUCAAUUCACGAAGCCAUGGAACAGCAAUCGAUUUCAAUUUCUAAAGCCGGUAUCAUAACAUCUCUACAAGCUCGGUGCGCCGUCAUUGCGGCUGCUAAUCCGAUCGGAGGUCGGUACGACCCAAGUAUGACUUUCUCAGAAAACGUGAACCUCUCCGAGCCAAUUCUGUCGCGUUUUGACAUUCUGUGCGUAGUAAAGGAUGAAUUCGAUCCGAUGCAAGAUCAACAGCUGGCUCGAUUUGUAGUUGGUUCCCACAUCAAGAACCAUCCCACAAUGGAAGAAGUCAUUCCCGAAUCGCAGCCAAUUGACAGCAUGCAGAUCCCACAAGAUUUGCUCAAAAAGUAUAUCGUUUAUGCCAAGGAAAACGUUCAUCCUAAAUUAACGAAUAUGGAUCAAGAUAAAAUAGCCAAAAUGUAUUCGCAGUUGCGACAGGAAUCACUUUCGACCGGAUCCCUUCCUAUUACAGUGCGUCAUAUCGAAAGUGUGAUCCGGAUGUCGGAAGCGCACGCUCGAAUGCAUUUGCGUGACACCGUGCAGGACGUGGACGUAAAUAUGGCUAUACGAAUGAUGCUGGAAAGCUUCAUCGAAGCCCAAAAAUUCAGCGUCAUGAAGAAGAUGCGUUCCACGUUCCAGAAGUAUCUGUCCUUCCAGAAGGAUCACUCAGAGCUGCUCUUCUUCAUCCUACGACAACUGACGCUCGAUCAACUGGCAUAUUUGAGAUGCAAGGAUGGACCACGGGCGACUCACGUUGAAAUCAUGGAGAAGGAUCUCACCGAACGGGCCAAGGCGAUCGAUAUACACAACCUGAAAACGUUCUAUGACAGUGAGCUGUUCAAGAAGAACGGCUUUUCGUACGACGCCAAGCGAAAAACUAUUCUCCAAAUCGUGCCAGAAGCUGCGGAAGCUUAAAUCGAGUUGAGAUCAAUGUCAAAGCUCGCUCACCAUCCUGUUGUACAACUCCUAUUUUCUUUUUUCCAUUAUUUUUAUUUAAGAAUAAGACCAAUUUUUGAACCAUCA